UUUAAUUGAUUAAGGCUCAAAUAAUGAUAGUAUAAUUAUUGAGCUUGCGUAUAGGCUUGCACGUCCCCCCUAAAAUAAACUACACGAACUGCCAAUCUGUCACUCGCCCAUGAACUCUCCUCCUAUUAAACUUGAGCCCCCCCACCUUUCCCUUCGAUAAUACCGUCUCUCUCCUGAGUUUGCCGGCUGGCCGGUGCUCCGUCGCGGGCGGACCGAGCACAAAUCAGCUCAUGUUCAUGGGAAGCUUCUCAUAAGACGGGUCUGAGGUUGUAAUCUUGAGCAGGUUCAUGGAUCGUAGGUUCUACACCAACCCAUUUGUGCAUGACCACGGGGAAGACCCCGAGCCCGAGCCGGGACCUGAUUCGCCCUCCUCGGGGGACGAUGCCGGGACGAAUGCUAGCGAGCCGUCACAAAAGAGAAGUAGGAAGAGCGUGAAGAAGAGAGUGGUGUCGGUGCCGAUCACGAGCGACGCCGAGGGAUCGAAGAGCAAAGGGGAGGCCUUUCCGCCGGUCGAUUUGUGGGCGUGGAGGAAGUACGGCCAGAAACCCAUCAAAGGCUCACCUUACCCAAGGGGAUAUUACCGAUGCAGUAGCUCAAAGGGCUGCCCUGCCAGAAAGCAAGUGGAGCGAAGCCGCGUGGACCCCACCACCCUCCUCGUCACCUACUCCUCCGACCACAACCACCCCCACCCCUCCUCCUCCUCCUCCUCUAAGAACCACCCACCCCACCACCGCCUCCGCGCCCCCGCCGUCACCGACUCCUCCUCCUCCGCCGCCCACGCCGACGAAGACGCCGAUUCCACAUCCGCCAUGUUCGAGCCGGACGAGCUCUCGGGCUUCAUCGGCGGCGCCCCGCUGCUCGACCCCGAGUUCGACUGGCUCGCCGACGUGGCUUCGACGUCGUCGUUCCUGCGGAGGCCGGUUUACGAGGGAGGUGCCGACGCGGCGCCCGUGUAUAGGACGAGGGACGAGGAGGACGGCGAGGAUCCGCUGUUCGCCGACUUGGGGGAGUUGCCGGAGUGCUCCUUGGACUUCCGGCGAACCAAGUCGAUCGAACCGGAGGGAGAGAACCGGAGGCGCGGUCUGAGCGCGGUUCCUUGUGUCGGCAACGUAGAAUAGCGCAGGUUUUGGUUAUCCAAUCAAGUGGGUCCGUAUCAAUCGACUCGGCGCGGGUGACGCGCCACAAGAAGCAGCACGGUGUCUCACGCGCCGACCAAUCUCUUUCUGCGACGGCGAUGCGGUGUCAUUUCA